GAGGCUAGUAGCUAAUGUACCAAAAAUAUGGUCUUCCUAAAAAAAUCAACUCGUCUAAUUUUCGAUCAGACGGCUCACGUCCAACCAUCUCCCCUCCGGACCACCCAAUCCACUCCCCCAAGCUCUUCCGCUCCACUCUCCUCCGUACCUCCCAAACCCCGCCGCACACUUUUUCCCCGCCGCCAAACCCCGACCGCCAGCGGCGGCCAUGCUCCUCCAGAACCGCAUUCUCCCUCGCCUCCUCCUCCUCCCUUCCACCACCCACCUCACCUCCCAACACCUUUUCCGCCCUUCCCGCUUCCCGCACCGCCUCUCCCUCUCGCCCCGCUCCAACGCGCUCUCCCACCUUGCGGCGUCCCAGACCGUCGACCCCACUGACACCGAGGCGCCCCACGGGGAGGUGCAGGUCCAGCUCCUGGUAGACCGCCUCUUCGUGCCGCCGGGGGCGAGCGUGGCCGCGGGGGACCAGGAGGCCGUGAGCGCGCGGGUCCUCAAGGGCUCCAACAUCGUGCUGGGCCCGUACGCGCGCUGCGACGCGCAGGUGGUCAACGCGGAUUUUGUGAAGAGCAGCGUACGCCCCGAAGACUGCCCCCGGGAUGGGCUCCCGGAGUUCGCGCUCGUCGGACGGUCCAACGUCGGCAAGUCGUCGCUGCUAAACUCCCUCGUGCGCCGCAAGCGCCUCGCGCUCACCUCCAAGAAGCCUGGGAAGACCCAAUGUAUCAAUCAUUUCAAAGUAAAUGACAGUUGGUAUCUUGUUGACUUGCCUGGUUAUGGAUAUGCUUCUGCACCACAUGAAGCUCGUACAAAUUGGGAUGAAUUUACUAGAAAUUACUUCCUCAGUAGGGAGAAUUUGGUGUCAGUUUUUCUCCUAAUAGAUGCAAGUAUUCCUUCUAAGAAGAUUGAUCUUGACUAUGCUAGUUGGCUUGGCCAAAACAAGGUCCCCAUGACACUAGUGUUCACGAAAUGUGACAAGCGCAAGAAGAAGAAAAAUGGAGGCAGGAGACCGGAAGAAAAUGUAGAAACCUUCCAGAACUUGAUUCGUGAAUAUUUUGAGGCGGCACCUCCUUGGAUCAUGACGAGCAGCGUGACCAACCAAGGCCGGGACGAGAUACUUCUGCACAUGUCUCAGCUUAGAAAUUAUUGGCUUAAGCAUUGAGAAUUCGAGAUGUAAUAACAAUAGUACUGAAGCAACCGAAACAUCGUUCAAGCCCUGUUGUUCAUUGUGCAUCGGCACCUUUGCAAUCAGGUCUUUCUCCAAUUAAUUUGCCUUUUGAGC